CAGAACUUCACAAUGGAGGGUAUAGUCGUGGAGGUUCUUGGCGUCCCCAAUAUCCUUGCCUCUGACAGAAUGGUUGACAAGCUCACUAUACACUUCCUGCGACCACGGCACGGGGGAGGAGAGGUGCAGAGAGUGCUGUUUCCAUCUGAUAGCCCGGGACAGGCCUUUGUCAUAUUUGAGGAACCAGAAGUGGCUGCCCAUGUCUCGCGGUUGACCCAUAUGUUGGAGGUGGACCAACAACAAUUUUGUCUCAAAGUCAGAGUAGUUGACAGGCCUGAGGUGGACAUGCCAGUCAAGGCAACUCUGGAUGUGCGUAUGUUCCCCAAUGACAGAGAGGUGCGGCGACUCCUAGACAUCCAUGGCUUUAAGGUGAACGAGCUUCAACAUGGUCAGCUGCUUGUCCAGGGCUCCUUUCUGAAGCUCAGAGCAGUGAAGGCCCAACUGCAGCAGCUCCUACACCAAGACAACCAGCCCCAAUACAACCCUUCCACACCCAGCCUCAGUGGCCAUGCCUCUGGGACCUACAAAGCCUACAGCAGGACGCACCACAUCAAUGGCACCGCAAUGCAUGCUGGGAACAUGAGUCCUAUGUAUGCUGGGAGCAGGAGUCCUAUUUCAGUCAAUGGAGAGCAGUUUGCACAUGUCCUACAGUCUUCUUCCCCUACCAACUAUUCACGGGACUCAGGGUCACCUUGUAGCCUCUCCAGCCCCCGGAGUGGCAACCCAUCUCCCAGUCUUCUGGCACCAGGGUAUGGGGCCAACGUGACCCACAGGAGGAACCCAUCUCCCAGCAGGUCUCGCAGUGUGGUCUCCUUCCUAAUGGAUGCAGAUGUGCUCCGAUAUGCCCAGCGCUUCAGGAAAAAGGACAUUGAUACAAUUCUUGGAAGCAACAACAUUCAAAUGAAUGUGCAGCCUAAUGAAUGUUCCGAUAUCAGUUCUGUUAGCCUUGAGGGGAAGAACCCAAAGAGUGCUAUGGAAAAGCUGCAAGACUAUCUCACUACACUCAACUCAACACUACGCACCCAAGAAAUCCCACUGGAAACAUUCGAUCACAACGAGCAGGUUAGAAUUAGUAAACUGAUUCAGAAGUAUAAUAGUGUUUAUCCUACUGUCCUCGUCAAUCAGGUUGGAGAUAUUCUCCGCCUUGUAGGGCCUUCCAGGGACAGUUAUGACAUGAUGCAGAUUCUCUUGGGAAAACCCCUAGAACUUCCACCAGCCGGGCGAACAGGGAGGGCACUGGACAGGGGCUCAAGGGACAGGAGAAGCAGUUCUCUAUCGAGUCUGCCCAAAAGGAAGGAUGCACCCAUCCCAUGGCAUCAUGUCCCUGUGUCUGCUGCUGUACCAGAUUACCCCCCCUCAAAGUACCAGGGUGACUCUGGGCAUGGACGGACUGUACAGAGGGCUGGAAGCCCAGUACCCUAUACAUCCACCCCCAGUCACAGGGGAAGAAGUCACUCUGAUUCACAGGAGAAAGUAAAGGAGCAGAGAGUAACACAGAGGGACAUCUCUAGGCAAGAACGGGUGGAUGAUGUGGUAGGGCCCUCUGCUGGAGCUCAGAUGCCAGUGAUGAAAAAGAAGUCAUUACUUCCCAAAAUUCCUACAAACAAAGCAGAUUGGAAGAAUAUGCUACCAGGAAAAAAGAAAAGCCAUAACAAGUCACUAGUUUAGAUUCUGACACCUAUAAUACAAUUGGCUUUAGCUGUUUAUUUCUUGAAUACCUUAUAUGUCAUGAUGUGGGGCAAAAUGUUCAAUACAGUUUGGCUUAGGCAAAUUGAUUAUGACAGAUUCUAAUAUGUUCUUUCUUAUGGUCUGAUUUUAAACUAUUAUUGUUAAUAAAUGUGGUUGAUUUUAUUUAUAUUUAUUGAGGGUUCAGAGUAUGACAAAUGUAUUAUAUUUGUAAAUCUUUUUUGUUGCUGUGAUAUUUGUUAUUAUUUUCAUUGUUUUUGAGACUAAAUCACUAUCGAAAGGUUUUGUAGAAAAUAUGCAAAUGAAACGUAAUUCGUU